AGACUACUGUAACGAGUUACCGGCGGAGGUGCGCUGUGCGCUCCGGAGUCUCCAUAAAAGUUGUUGCGCACAGAGCUGAGCUGUCAGACUGGGGAGAGACGCGGCGGAGCAAAGACUGCGGACUCAAAGUGAUUGAUGGGGAUCGAUCCCACUUUGAGAAAUUUAUAGAUUUAUUCUGAGCGCGCGGUGUGAUCCUCGGCGCACCUACAGGACGCAAUUAAAGCUCGUUAUCCGCCUGAGUCGCACCGGGCUGCGGGUUGUUUCUGGACUAUAACGGAAUAGGAGACAGGGAGGUGUGGAUGCGGGAGGAUCUCGGCUGUGCGGCGGAUCACAUGCUGCCGCCUCACAAGACUUCAAAUCGUGUCUGAUUCUGACAAAGCUGUUUGAUUUCAUCCGGGAAAGAAAGAGCCACCACUCCCGUUUUUCAUUUCUCUCAGUACGCAAAUGUGUCCAGAGCACAGACUCUACAGUGGAUUGUAGCAGCAGCGGCCCCACCGAUGGUUUGAGCGGGCGUUAAGGUGCGGGAAGGGAGUGGGACAAUUACAGGAUGAGUGAGCGAUACACGCAGAUCGGAAGUAAAGGGGCUCUACUUGUAAUGGUGCUCGUGAUCAGUGUCUGGGAGAUGACCAUACCAACAGAAGGAGCUACAGCGGCGCACCAUGUCCGAACGGGCACCUGCGAGGUGGUGGCGCUGCAUCGUUGCUGCAACAAGAACAAAAUCGAGGAGCGCUCACAAACUGUCAAGUGCUCCUGCUUCCCCGGGCAAGUGGCCGGCACCACCAGAGCCGCCCCGUCCUGUGUAGAUGCCUCCAUAGUGGAGCAGAAGUGGUGGUGUCAGAUGCAUCCGUGCCUUGACGGGGAGGAAUGCAAAGUACUUCCUGACUUGAAGGGCUGGAGCUGUGCCACAGGGAACAAGAUAAAAACUACUAAGAUUUCUGCGGACAAAGAGCAGCUUUGGUAACGUCAGAUGCUUCACAGCGGAGCACAGGUGAACCAUCCGUUCUGGUCUUUGUCAGAUCAUCAAAAGAGAAGUAAUGCAAAGGACCUUUCUGUAAAUAGAGACUUCCUUUCUUCUGGACUGCAAUUAUCUUUGGAAAACUCUGAAUGCUUCUUCUUGAACUCUAAGGACAUGACACACUGAUCAUUCAGCACUUCUUUUUGAAGGACUGCGUAUGAUUAGCCUUACCGGACUACAGGAUUUAUUCUGACAUUGUACUGCUUGUAGUGGAAUACAACGGUGAACUUUGCCUAUGUGUUAAUUUCUAGAGUAAUAUGUCCUUUACAGGGGAUUUGCAUUGCAAGUCGGCCCGGGUGAACAGCA